UAUCUGCCGAACCAAGCCAACGAAGGCAAUAGUUAGCUACAACCAAAAUUCUACAAACAAUCAUAUCUUUGUGAGCUAAACAUUUGAUUCACAUUCACGUCAAAGUGACACAAUGCAUACAGAUCCAAGAAAAGCUCAGUCUUCCUGUGUCCGCCAUGUUGUGGCCAUGCCUUGGCCCGGAAGAGGUCACAUCAACCCGAUGAUGAAUCUCUGCAAACGCCUCGUCAGUCAAGACCCUAACCUCCUCGUCACUUUUGUCGUCACCGAAGAAUGGCUCGGUUUAAUCGGAUCCGACCCGAAACCCGAUAUGAUCCACUUCGCCACUCUCCCCAAUCUAAUCCCCUCUGAGCUUGUUCGGGCCAACGAUUUAACCGGUUUCAUCGACGCUGUCUAUACCAGAUUGGAGGAACCGUUCGAGCAUCUGCUUGACCGCUUCAGUUCGCAGCCUCUGACCGCAAUCAUCGCUGAUACUUAUGUCCUUUGGGCAACCCGUGUCGGCACACAGAGAAACAUUCCAGUAGUUUCUCUCUGGAUUAUGCCGGCCACGCUACUCUCUCUCUUCCUUCACUCCGAUUUACUCGCAGCUCACGGCCAUUUUCUUGUCGAACCGCCAUCAGAAUCAAAAGAAGACGAAAUUGUUGAUUACAUCCCCGGUUUAGCUCCGACACGACUCGGUGACCUGUUGCAAAUCUUCCACUGCGACAGUAAUAAAAUGUUCAAUAAAUUCAAGCCUUGUUUCCAUGAGCUCUCCAAAGCUAAGUACCUUCUCGUCCCUUCUGCUUACGAGCUCGAACCAAAAGCUAUUGACUUUCUCACCUCCAAGUUUAAUUUUCCGGUCUAUGCCACCGGUCCGUUAAUCCCUUUCCCAGAUGUCUCUGCUGGAUAUGACAGCAAAAAACCAUAUUACAUCCAGUGGCUCGAUGGACAGCCGGAAAGCUCUGUGCUCUACAUAUCUCAAGGGAGUUUUCUUUCGGGCUCAGAAACUCAGAUGGAGGAACUAGUGGGGGGAGUGAGAGAAAGCGGAGUCCGGUUCCUUUGGGUUGCUCGUGGUGGCGAGUUGAAGCUGAAGGAGGCUCUCGAGGGUAGCUCGGGUGUUGUUGUGAGCUGGUGCGAUCAGCUCCGCGUGCUAUGUCACGUGGCUGUUGGCGGGUUUUGGACGCAUUGUAGGUUUAACUCGACAUUAGAAGGGAUAUAUUAGGGAGUACCAAUGCUGGUGUUUCCCUUUAUAUGGGAUCAGAUUCUGAAUGCAAAGAUGAUUGUUGACGACUGGAAGAUUGGAAUGAGGAUCGAGGGGGAGGCAAAGUCGUUGAUAAGGAAAGAUGAGAUGAAGGAAUUGGUAAAGAGGUUUAUGGAUGGAAAGAGCGAAGAAGGAAAAGAGAUGAGAAGAAGGGCUUGUGAUCUCAGCAAGAUCUGUCGCCAAGCAGUCGAGGAAAGCGGUUCUUCUGAAGUUAACAUGGGCGCUUUCAUAAAAGAUAUUGCCAAGAUCGAGUGAGUUUUGUUGUGAGGUUCCAUUGCUGUUUACAAUUGGUUGUCUCUCUGGCUUUUUUUUAAUAAGUUCAUUUGCUAGACUCUUCUUGAUCAAAUCUUUGGUAGAGCUUUCGCUUUUGUUUUGGCUUAGAAAUUAAUUUAUGUUUGAGAACCCAAUCAAUCUUCUAUGGGAGAAAGUGCUAAUGAAACUAUGGCAUCUUGGUUUUGGGUCCUAGGGGUAGGCGUCACUAAUUGACUUGUGCCCUAGAAGAUCCACAAAGAUCGUGGUUCUGGCUUUUUUUAGUGUUAUCCCGUGGAUUGUGGUUCAGGGUCUGUCAGCGGAAUGAAUAGCUUCGAUUCGAUCCAUGUUGAGUUUACUUAGAGUGUAUAUAUGUCCAUUACUUUUCCCUGAGAAUCUCAUCUAUAUAAUUUUAUAUAUAUACUUUUAGUAUAAUUAAAUUUUAAUUUAUAUAAAAAAAAUAUUUUUUGAAAUAACUCACUUAACAAUUUUAUUACAAAACAUGACUCUUCCUAAAAUGACUCUAAGAAAGGCCAACUAUUUUGCUUUCAA